AUGUCAGCCUUCUCUCGCCCCUUUAAAGUUGCUGCUGACCACGAGCCCGUGGAUACUCUGAGUGUCAUGCAGUGGAAUAUAUUCGCUCAAGGUAUGGUACAUUGUUAUCGUUGCUUAUGCAUAGGCUUUGUUCAAAAGGACGAAUUUAUUAACUGUCCUUCUGCCCUCCUAAAUCUGGAAAGACGGUUGGAGCUUUUUCGAGCAGAAAUUCUCGAGUAUUCUCCCGACAUCAUUUGCCUGCAGGAAGCAGACAUUCAUUCGCAACUAGUAUCUGCCAUUUCUUGUGAAGAUUCAGGUUUUUAUGAGCAUGUGUUCGCACCCAAACCAUUGUCUCCUUGCCUAGCAUAUGAAUCGAACUUCGGGCCAGAUGGAAUGGCUGUUGUUUUCAGGCGAGUUUUUAGUUCAGAUAGGCUCAUAGAACCUACGCACGCCUAAGUGGUUGAUGAUGUUUCCCUUAGAAGGGGACAAGUUUAUUCUAACGAAUUCCACAACAGUUGAAAAUAUUUUCUGUAUAGCCCACUCUGUACGUUGUAUUUUCGGAGAUUUGGUUUGUUAGAACUGCCAAUAAAACUGGAGUCUUUGCAUGUCCGUAAGGUGAAAGCGGAGUUCUCCUUGCUCAAAUCAGUGGAUAAAAUAAGUUACCUGGAGAACUGUGAGCACUAUCCCAAAAAAUCUAUUUCUGAGAAUGGAGUUCACAGUACAUGUUACAUUUGUUUCAGGUAGUAGGGCACCACACACAAUUGGACGCAAGCAUUCUAUUUUUCAUUUGCAUUACCACGCGUGACAGCGUUAUUUAUUCAGUGUUUGUAUGCAUUAAUAUUGAGAGUAUGAGCAUUAUGUAGUACCGAAUCCGUUUUGCCCUAAUUUUAAAAACCUCAGUGACCCAGAUAGGGUUUGAGCCCACGACAGAAGGAAAGGUUUAAGUACAGCCAAAGCUCUGAACACCUGAGCUACUAGGUCCCACCAGAAGCCAUGUGUUAAACCACAUUUGGGCCAAGUUACUCGCCCAGCCUACUGCAGCGUAUAGAAUCCACCAAUCAUGAUACAGUAAGCUAACUGCCCAAGCAGGAUUUUCUAAUUAGCCAGUCUAGAAUCUGCCAGAUGACUACUAGGCCCACUGCCGACGUACCUAAUAAUCAAAUGGCCGUAGUAGUCAUCUGGUGGAUUCUAGAUUGAUUACUUACAAAAUUCAGCUUGGGCAGUCAUUUUGCUGCAUUAGGAUUGGUUAAUCCCAUGCGUUGCAGUAGGCAACUUGAUCCGAAUGUGAUUGAUCUCACGGAUCCCGGUGGGGCCUUGCAGCCCGAGUUUUUGAGUGUCAACUGUACUCAAGCCCUACACUUUUUGUCGUGGGUUUAAAUCCCACCUUGGAUGCCGAGUUUCUCGCAGUUGGGUCAGACUGAAUGCAAAAUCCGCCAAAACACACUUAUUACCUAACCAUUUGUUCUGACGUGAAUGAACUCAGACAGUUAUCUACUGUGACAAUUUUAACAGUUUAUGCAGUAGGCGAUUUGGGUAAUUUGGUGGAGCAGAUGUCCAAGUGUAUUAAAAGGAUUCUUCACAGCAUAGCUGGCGUCGGUGGCUAUUGGUCGACAAAGUUUAGCAGUUAGAUGCUUGUGCGUCAAUUGGUAUUCUGCUAAAUUGUCGAUUUUUAGUUAUCUCUUCUUCGUUUAGUGAAAUAUCGACUUUUUAUAUUUAUUGACCCAAAACAAAUGCAGCCGGUACACCCAUUUUAUGUAAGAACCUUCCCCGAUGGCCUCACUGCACGCAACUCCCGCAGUUGAAUCCCUUAAAUCGAAUUAGCUUCCGUUUUUGUCGAACUGAUUCCUCGAUAUUGGGCACUUCGGCUCUAUCGGUAGUCGGGAAUUUACUUAAGUGCUUCUCACGUAGUCAUAUACCUUGCUUUGAUAUUUUAACCUCCCUCUAAUAUUUCCUUUAAGGCGAGACAGAUUAAAACUCCAACACCACAAAAUUGUUCCAACGGUAGCUGACGGUUCUCGAUGUGCACUUGUAGUGGUCCUGGAACACAUCCACACGGGAUUUACAGUAUGUGUUGUGUGCGUUCACCUUAAGGCCAAACCGGAGUUUUUUGACUUCCGCCGAGACGAAGUCGAAUGUCUCAUGCAACACCUAACCGGCCUUCUGCGGACCCGUAAGGAUUAUGGACUUUUGAUUGCGGGCGAUUUCAACGCUGAACCUUGGGAGCCAGCAAUUCAAACUCUCCAGUCAUCCGACCUUGGAUUAGCUAGCGCGUACGCCAGUGCGUCUGCUGGCGAUGAAGCCGAAUUCACCACUUGGAAGGUUCGAAAAACAGAGGAUGGUAGUCUUCUUGAAGUCCAGCACACCAUCGACUACAUUUUUUAUUCAGUGGCAACUCUUAAACUCUUGGGUAUCAGACCGAUACCAAAACCAUCGGAGAUCGGUGUGGGAGCCCUUCCAUCGGAAAAAUUUCCAUCUGAUCACAUCAACUUAAUCGCUUAUUUUGGCUUACCGGGGACGCCAAGUGAUGGAUAUUGA